AAUCUAAAACGGACAUUAAUAUGGUAAAUAUUGAAGCAAAUUUCAUGUCAAGCUCAUGGCAGAAAUAAUGGGUUUUCAUUGACUUGUCGGAAUAAACAAACUCCGGGUUCUCAAAAAAUUAUCUACAGCGUCAUUAUUGCGGCCCCUCAGGUUCUUUCAAAAUUGUAAAAUCUUAUUUUGCAAUCUUCAUAAUAGACCUACAACACUUAAAUUACCACGAGAUUCUAUUCAAUUAGUAUCUCUUCCACAACAAUGUCUACGUCUCAACCCUCUCAGUUCACUCAACCUGAUCCUGCGAAUCCACGAACUACUCCUCUUCUACACAAUGCCUCCCUCGCAGCCCUCAUCAUUUGUCCAAUCGUUAUGAGUAAGUUCUCCAAUUUAUUCAAUUGCAACUUAUACCUCACAUCCUUCUAUAUGGAUCCUUGUAUCUAUCUGCAAGACAAAUUAUCGUCCAUCAAACCCCAUCUCUCAAUAUUGAGCUAACCCCUCCAUAGUGAUACCACCCCGCAAAAUGGACGUCUAUACCUUCGCUCUCAUGGGCACAACAUUUAUCGGUGGUAAUCACUUAGCCUACGAAUACACUGGUGUCUCAAUGAUGACUCGCAUACAAAAUCGAGUGGCUUCUUUUUCAGGUACAGAAUUGCCAGAAAAGGCAAAGGAAACUCAAAGAAGAAUACGAGAAGCGCAGGAAAAGAAAAGGAUGGAGGAGAGUGGAAAGUUUGUGGGAACGAUAUUUAAAUCACAGGAAGGUGCAAAGGGCGAGGGAGUACUUGAAGCAUUGGAGAAGAGAAGUGCUGGUCAAUCAACGGUAAAGAAGGUUCAAGGAGAGGGGAAAGAGAGUGUUUUGGAGAAAAUAUGGCUAGGUGGCGAAGGAAAAGAUUGGAAGGAAAAGAGAGAUCAGAAGGAGAAAGAGGCAUUGGAAGCCGGGAAAGGAUACGGUGAUUUGAUUAUGGAACAGAUUUGGGAGGUUUGGAAUGGAGGAAAGAAGAAGGUGGAAGAGGUAAAAGAGGUUGAUGAGAAAGUGGUAGAAGGAAAGAAGAAAUGAAUGGACAGGCAAUGUGGUUAUACUUUCUGGGCGGGACGAGAGUAGUAUGGACACAAGCUGGACCGGGUAAGGCGUUCAAGGUGCAACAGGCGUCGAUGUAUAUCUAUCGGACACCGGAGUCUAAAGAAGAGAAG